AUGCAACUUCCGGAGGCCUCAGGCGUUUCGUCGAGCGACGAGGCUCGCCAGGGCUGCAAGCCCCGCCCUGACGCACUUCGCCUGCUGCUCGGCGCGCCACGACGUGACGAAAAACCAAGAGGUGUCUUCGAAUCGUUGGAGUCGCGAAGCCGUCGACUUCUUACUGCCAUCAUUUCGCUCCCAAUGCAGAUCGACGUCUCUUUACUCAACUACGCUGUCGUUGACUCGUUGCAGAAUCCGCACAAGUACAACUUCUUCCUUCCAAACAUCAAAGCCGGCCCGGUCAGUUCUUAG